CCGGUGCACUGUUUUAGGGUGAGCGGCGAGUCAAAUGUUUCUGCUGGAGCAGGCGUGAUGAAUGAUACUGUCUGAUUUGAAUAGUGGUUUCUGCAGGGAAGGCUAUUUGCCUCUUCCGUAUUUCACAGUCCACUUGUAACUUCCGUGUUUCGAAGGCUAUCUUGCUGGGUCAAGCGGUUUAUCACAAUGAGGUCCAUCCCGGAAGAUUUAACGACACUCAUUUCAGAUCUUGAAACCUUUUUAACGGAUGUCCUUAAAGGGGAAAAUUUGAGCAAAAAAGCUAAAGAGAGAAAGGAUGCCUUCAUCAAGCGCAUUAAAGAUGUAAAAACGAGCUACUCUCAAGAGUUCAAGGACAAACGAGAUGAAGAGUUUCCAGAGCCUGAUGAAGCAGAUAACGACGGAGGAUCACUGCAGUCAGAGCAGACUGACAGGGAUGAGGAAAGCGCUUAUGAUGGAGUUCAACAGGCUCCUCCGGUGGCCGCUCAGGAGCUUCAGUCCGUUUUGAAGAGUGGCUACCUGGAGAAGCGAAGAAAGGAUCACAGCUUCUUUGGCAAUGAAUGGCAGAAGAGAUGGUGUGCUUUAAGCAACAACAUCUUCUACUACUAUGGCAGUGAGAAAGAUAAACAGCAGAAGGGAGAGUUUAAUAUAGUCGGAUACACUGUCAAAUUGAACAACACCCUGCGGAAAGAUGCAAAGCGAGACUGUUGCUUUGAGGUCUCAGCUCCAGACAAGCGUGUUUAUCAGUUCUGUGCUGCGACUGAGAAAGAUGCGAAAGAGUGGGUGGAGCACAUUGAUUUUCUGAUUAAAGACAUGGGUGGAGUCAUUCCUGAAGAUGAAGAAGAGUAUGAUGACUGCUUAACUGUGUCUCAAUCGUCCAUGCCUGCACCUAUCGAUGAUGACAUUUAUGAAGAACUCCCUGAGGAAGAUACACCCCAGCCUGUUAAACCACCAGUGACCCUGGCCAACAAACCUGUGACCCUGGCCAACAAACCAUCCACCCCUGUGACAGCAGUGAACAAAAGCACAGACUACGCCAACUACUUCCAGGGCUUGUGGGAUUGUGCUGGAGAUCAUCCGGAUGAGCUGUCCUUUAAACGAGGAGACACCAUCUACGUCCUCAGCAAGGAGUACGACAUGUUUGGCUGGUGGGUGGGGGAGAUGAAAGGGGCCGUCGGAAUCGUGCCUAAGGAGUAUCUCCUGGAACUGUACGUGCUGUAAGGAACCUGUGAUGGUCUGCUGUUGUAGCUUCAUGUUCCACAAGCCGCUGUCUCUCUCUGUGUUUCUCUUCGUCUGUGUGAUAUGUAAAGCAAACUGUUCAAAGGCACAAGUAAUUGUAAAAUAUGUGCAGUGAAGGAUGUGAUGCUUAAUUUUUUGCAGAUUAUUAAGUUAUCACGUGCUGUAGUAUUUAAUAGGAUGACUGAGUGAAUGUAACCCUCUCUUUUGUCUUACAAAGGCAUUAAGCUGUAGCUAAAAACAGUAUGAAAUAAAAGCCUGCGCGUUCACUAAACGUUCUGCAGUCAGUUUGUAUAGUAGCCACCAGGGGGCAGCAGCGUAUAACGCUCUUUAUAAUGAUUUCAGAGCAGAUGUAGAAUGUCUUCAUUUGCUUCCUCCAUAGGAACAGACAAAACAAGACAGGUCUCUACACGGGUCACAAGUAAUGUUUGUAUGUACAGUCACAAUGUAGCAGUAUGCCACGAACUGAUGGGAAACAAAAUCUCUGACCUUUUUAUUCAGAACAACAAACAAAUAGCAGUUAUUCAGAUGAGGAAUUGAUUGUCUGCUGUAGGAGAACUGUUUGGCAUAUUGGCUCGUAUCUUCACGGACCGCUGCGUUGACAUCCACAGAUAUCUGCUCACUGAAGUGAGAAGCUUAAUUAAAACAUGUGUCAGGCCGUUACCUUUUCUUCCAGGAAGAACAUAUCCAAACGGAUUGUUACUAUUAGCGUAUUAACUUGCUUCACACAAUUAAUACUAAAGACAUUUUAAUUUGAUCAUUACAUAAUAUUGUAUUAUAUACCAGUUGAUAAACUAUUAGACUCGGGCCUGCUGUUAAAGUUGAGCAGCAUGGAACAAUUUCAAGCAAAUGUUGACACCGUGUUUAAUAUUGAAAUCUUAUGUUUGUUUGUUUUUUUGUAGCAUCUUCAGCCAGAUCUGAAAAGACCAGAAUCUCAUGAAGAACUAUUUGUGUCAUAUUUAAUACCAGAAUCAAAAGAGAAUUAAGGAAUUAUAUUUUAUAUGAGAUCUCGUCUUCAUCUGAAACUCAGUUUCUAUUGUCAUUAUUAUACAUGCAAAAAAUAUUUCACUAACUGAACAUUUAAAUGGCAUGACUUUAGUCUGUACAUUUUGAUUGUACUUGACAGUUUAAAUAACUAGAUUUUAUUCUGCAUUACAGUAAGCUGCUGACAUAAUUGGGGUGACAUAAAUGGGUUUAUUUGUAUAUUCCAGACUGCAAAUAAAAUAACAAAUUAGAUAUUUUUAGGACAUAUUAUAUUUCUUAUUCUUAUCUAGCAUUUAAUUAAAUGCUGCAUUAAGAACUGCUGUAUGAGAAAAAAACAACAAUGCUGUAUUGGUUCUUAGCAAAGCUUAGAAUAAAUUCAUUUAUAU